UCUUUUCUACCCGCUUGCUUGCUCGUGACCCCAUUUCAGGUCGCCGACCCCGCAAAAUUCAUUCGCUCAUAGCCCAUUGGAAGACUCAAUCGCUGUCUCCAACUUUUUUCGAAAACACCCUCGAGUAGACAGUCUAUCUACAACCACACUACAAACAUGAAAGCCAUCAUCCUCGUCGGAGGGUUUGGAACCCGCUUGCGACCUCUUACUCUCACGUACCCCAAGCCGUUGGUUGAGUUCGCCAACAAGCCCAUGAUCCAGCACCAGAUCGAGGCAUUGGCUGCGGCGGGCGUCACUGACAUCGUGCUGGCCGUUAACUACAGGCCGGAGGUCAUGACGGAAGCAUUAAAGAACUAUGAGAAACAAUAUAACGUCAAGAUCGAGUUCUCUCUCGAGACUGAGCCCCUCGGCACUGCUGGCCCUCUGAAGCUCGCGGAGCGCAUCCUUGGCAAAGACAACUCCCCAUUCUUCGUCCUCAACGCCGACGUUACCUGCGAAUACCCCUUCAAGAAGCUCGCCGAGUUCCACAAACAGCACGGCGACGAGGGAACUAUUGUGGUUACCAAGGUCGAAGAGCCGUCCAAGUAUGGCGUCGUUGUCCACAAACCCAACCAAGCCUCGAGGAUAGACCGCUUUGUUGAAAAGCCCGUCGAGUUCGUGGGCAACCGAAUCAACGCUGGCAUCUAUAUUCUCAACCCCAGCGUCCUCAGCCGCAUCGAGCUCCGUCCCACCUCAAUCGAGCAGGAAACUUUCCCUGCCAUGUGCAAGGACGGCCAGCUACACUCAUUUGACUUGGAGGGAUUCUGGAUGGACGUUGGACAACCCAAAGAUUUCCUUUCGGGGACCUGUCUGUAUCUUUCCUCCCUGACGCGGCGAGGGUCGAAGCUCCUCACCCCAGCAUCUGAACAUUUCGUACAUGGCGGCAAUGUUAUGAUUGACCCGUCAGUAAAGAUUGGAAAGGGUUGCCGCAUCGGUCCUAAUGUCACUCUUGGACCCAAUGUGGUUGUCGGCGACGGUGUGAGGCUGCAGCGAUGCGUCAUACUGAAGAACAGUAGGAUCAAGGACCACGCAUGGAUCAAGUCUACCAUUGUCGGCUGGAACAGCACUGUCGGCAAGUGGGCGCGAUUAGAGAACGUUACCGUCCUAGGUGAUGACGUCUCCAUUGGCGAUGAGGUGUACGUCAACGGUGGCUCCGUUCUACCCCACAAGUCCAUCAAGCAGAACGUUGACACCCCCUCUAUUAUCAUGUAAACCCCGCGAAUCUUUGGUUCGUCAUGGUCUGUGAGAGUCGAUCUUUCCCUCGACCACCUAGUUCAGGAACCAAUUUCUUACAACCUUUAAUUAUCUUGCACUUUCUUGUAUAUUUUGCAUUGCGGAUUCCGUUUUUCAUUCCGCAUCUCCGUCGAUGUUGGGUGUUAUAAGGAGACUUCUGCACUCUCAACUCUCUUGGGCAUAGGUUCACAAAAAGUAAAUAGAGUCAUGACAAUGAUAGGGGAUGGGAUCUUUGGGCUGGGUUUAUUGGUCUGCUACAGUACGGAGGUUGCACUUGUUGCUUGUUUGGUUUCUCGCGUAUUGAGCAACGGUUUUUGCAUGGACGUGUUGUUGUGGGCAAGCAGCGUCUUGGCGGGAUGGAUUCUGACAUUCGGGUGCGAGAAGAUGGAGAUAUCGUCCUAGAUACACAUCAGGUACGAAUCUAAUACAGAUGAAAAGC